AUGAUAUCUAUGAGCGACAUAGGCCAACCUGGACUAAACGGGUACAACUACAGCAACGUAGCUGAUACCGUCUCCACCAUGAACCACAGCCAGGAGUUGCCCAACGUUGUCCAGACCUCACCAACACAUCAUCCUUUGGUCAGCUCUGAAGUACUGACCCUGGUGUCCGUCAUCGUCAAGUGUGUGCUGUAUGACGUCAUCAGCGUGUUCGGGAUCGUCACCAACGUGCUGAGCCUGCUGGUGUUUCACAGGCAAGGUUUCAAAGACACGGUCAACGUAUCGCUCACCGCCAUGGCCAUUUCGGACAUCUGCGGUCUGCUCGCCCUCUUCUGGAUGGGCGUCUGUUACAACCCUCUUUUCGCGGACACCAACACGGUUCUCGACUCCCGCGGGACGCAGUACCUGACAGGGGGGUGGCCCAAGUUUUAUUUCACGCGGGUGAGCGGUCUCAUCACGGCUUUCGUGACGUUUGAGCGAUGUCUCUGCACGGCCGUGCCUCUCAAGGUUAAAACUAUUCUAACCCCUCGCCGAGUCGUCGUCAUUAUUUCCGCGAUAUUCAUCGCUGUCGCGUUGAGCAUUUCCCCAGUCUAUUUCUCCACGCAUCUCGCUUGGAAGUGGUACCCCACCAGAAACGCCAGUCUCAUCGGGUUGGUUUUCUCUGAAAACAAAGACACAAUCAACAGCAUCACCUUAGGUCUCAGCGUCGUCCUCUGCGACGGUGCUUUUGUCUUCGUUGCCUUGUGCACUGCCAUCCUCGUCAUCAAUCUAAACAAAUCCAGGAAAUGGAAAAUCACUGCCGCGCGCGGGACGGACGCUGCGGUUGCCAAGGAAACCAAAGCCAGCAAGAUGGUGGUUUUGAUAGCCGUGGUGUUCAUAACCUGUCUGCUACCGGGGUCCGUGUACUCCCUUGCCAUGAUCGCCGCCCCUGACUUCAACACCGGGGAGGCGGAGCAGAAUUUGUUUUUCGUCGCGUGGUCGUUCGCCCACGUGACCGAGUCGCUCAACGCCUCGGUGAAUUUUUUCGUGUACCUGGCCAUGAGCAGCAAGUUCAAGGACACGUUUGUGUCCGUAUUCACCGGUCCGAGACAGCGGGAGCCAAUGACAGGAAAAAAUGAUCCGCAAACGACCAAUAGGCCUGGGUAA